AGACGGCAGAGUUACCAAGAAGAGCUGGAAACACCUGCUGGUAUCUUUGGGACAAUCCGCUCCAUAUUUCUACCCUCUUACUGUCGAACUUAAAUCUACCUCCAGGCUUCUUUUGUCUUCUUUUCUCCUCUGAAAAACUUUAGAGCCAACUGAUCUCUCACUUUCUCUCUCUCUCUCUUUCUCUAUCUCUCUAGUCAUCCAAAGUAUUAUCCAUAAGGAGACAUUGCACUACUACUAUAUUUUUUUAUAGUUUCUAUUUAUUGUAUUUUUUUGCACUAACGAUGCACACCACGCAAAAGGACACGACCUAUACGAAGAUCUUUGUUGGGGGUCUUCCCUACCACACCACGGAUUCCAGUCUCAGGAAAUAUUUUGAAGUUUUUGGUGAGAUUGAAGAAGCAGUGGUCAUUACCGACAGGCAGACCGGCAAGUCUAGAGGUUAUGGAUUUGUGACGAUGGCAGACCGUGCAGCCGCAGAUCGGGCCUGCAAGGACCCCAACCCGAUCAUCGAUGGCAGGAAGGCCAACGUCAACCUGGCAUACCUGGGUGCCAAGCCUCGGGUGAUGCAGCCAGGUUUUACCUUCGGUGUUCCCCAGAUUCACCCAGCAUUCAUCCAAAGGCCUUAUGGCAUCCCGGCCCACUAUGUGUAUCCUCAGGCCUUCGUUCAGCCUAGUGUGGUCAUCCCUCAUGUGCAGCCUGCAGCCGCUGCGCCUCCCACUGCCUCAUCCCCCUACAUCGACUACACCGGAGCCGCCUAUGCACAGUAUUCUGCUGCAGCAGCCAACGCUGCUGCCGCUGCCGCCGCCGCUUACGAGCAAUACCCUUACACCGCCUCCCCAGCGGCCACAGGCUACGUGGCCACUGCCGGAUACGGCUAUGCUGUCCAGCAACCUUUGGCCACCGCUGCCCCGGGCUCAGCCGCUGCUGCAGCUGCAGCCUUUGGCCAGUACCAGCCUCAGCAAUUGCAAGCUGACCGCAUGCAAUAGCAGGUCUUGCAAGUGCUGGACAUGCAGAACAAGAAGGAGGCCCACCCCAGCUACAGCUGAUCUGUUAAAAAAAAAGAAAAAAAGAGGGAGUGGCGUUAAGGGUGUGGCGUGUCAACAGCUCAAAAGCAGAGUUGCUUUAAAAAGGUGAUGAUGAUGAUGAUGAUGAUGGUGAUGGUGAUGAUGGUGAGGUGGGAACUUUUUACAGUAACUUUUCAACUUGCUGUGCUUCAACCAAAAAAAUGAAAAAAGAGAAAAUGAAAAAAAGCCGCAGGACA